AUGGCAAAAUCCACAAAAUCCACAUUAAGUAAAAAGCAAGCGGCAGCAACCACUGCAAAGUCCUCAUUCUCAGAAUCCCAAUCCCGAACCCUCCCGCCACCUCCCUUCAACCCCGCGCCUCAAUUACUUCAGCCAUUCCUGGAACCCCUAUCGCCAAAACAUGUCUACCUCAUUCACCUCGACACGCAUCCAAAGGCGCACAAGCGCCAAAUCUUCCUCAUGCCUCUGUUCCUAGACAUAGCCAUUCUAGCCAUCAUCCUCCUCAGGAUAUAUACGGGUUACACCGCCUACGUCGACAUCCUCACCCUGCUGGUAGGGCAAAACAGCCCUGCAAGAGUGAACACAUCAAUCACUAGCUGGGGCGAACUAGCUAGCAUCGUCGUCCGCAGAACUUUGACUUUUAUAUUUGACUACCUCCUACUUACCAUCUUCCUACCAUGGCCAGUUCGGUUCCUUUUCGGACCUGCUCACUGGCGCUAUAAGAUUGGCUUUCAAAUUCCUGAAGUCGUGGUGCGGAAGAGCAGGUCGUCGUGGAGUGACAGUCUGCAGCCCUUGGUGUGGAUUCGCGAGGAUGACGAGACGAUAAAGACUAAGAUUCUAUCAGCUGUGACGCCGCAGCGGCUGCUGAAGACGGGCUAUUUGCUCAUAGAUGCGGAUUGGGAUCUUGAUUUUACCGCCAUGGUCAAGGCGCACGAACUUGUUGGACAGGACAGGUUAAAGUUUGAUGACUUUAAGACUGCCGUACUUGUUCACGGGGGUGGGGCGGAUGGUAUGGAUUGGUUGGUUUGGAAGGUUGAGGAGGAAAAGAGUGAUGCUAGUUCUUCAGAAGAAAAGCUUUCGGAUUCCCAGCGUGAUAAGAUUGUCAUGUUCCAAGAGAAACUGGCGGCAAUGGGGAAGGAGGAUUUGUUUUUCCGUUGGGUGGAAUUGAUUCAAUAUGAAAGUACGCAGCCCGGCGGGUUUACUCCGGAAAGACAGCGGAAAGCUAUGCAGGAGACGAAACAGUUGUUUGAGGAGCAAGGGGUGGAUUUUGAGAAAUUUUGGGCUGAUGUAGGCGGGAUGGAGGGGAUAGAUAUGUGA